AUGGCCGAGGAAGUUGUUCCACAGCCACCGAAGCUGAGAUGGGGAACUACCUCGAUCAUCCUGUCUAAAGCAAAACUUCUUCUUAUUCAAGUUUCAUCAGUGGAAGAGAAAGUUGCUGUCCUAGAAAGAACUCCAUGGAGUUUCGGCGCAGAUUUCCUUGCUAUAAAGGAUUUUGAAACUCACUUAAGCCUUGACGAGUAUGAUUUCUCAAUGCUUGCCAUUUGGCUGCGAAUUUACAACGUUCCUUUAGGCUGGAUGAACCGGGAAAUAGGGGAAGAGCUUGGCAACGCCCUUGGGAAGUUAUUAGCGGUCGACCUCCGAGAAGGGGAGGGUAGAUUGGGGGAUUUCUUAAGGAUCAGAGUCGAGCUGGACUGCAAAUCACCACUGAGACGUUGCCUCACCCAUGGAACUAAAGCGGAUGGUCAGCCAAGAAUCUGCCCGAUUAAGUACGAGCGACUUCCCUGUUUCUGCCACCGAUGUGGCAUUAUUGGUCAUAGUGGGAGCUCUGCCCGAACAAAACGGAUGACCAUGAAGGGCGUCCUCGAUACGGGGAGUGGCUCAAAGUCCAACCAGCUAAGAAGAUGGCGGUAG